AUGCCGGAGACAAUCAGAAGAGAAGACAAUGCUAGGGCAUACCCCGUAAGCGAUGCGCAGCGGCACUACUGUCUUGACGCUGUGAAAAGAAUGCAAGCGAGACAGAAGAACUUGAGAGUUGUGACCCUAAACAUCAGGACGCUGACUGGAAAGAGCAGAGAAAUAGCAGACAUGAUGAAGAGGAGGAGGAUCGACAUACUAUGCAUACAAGAGACAAGAUGGACUGGUGGGAAAUCAGGAGGGAAGGCAAGAAACAUCGGAGAGAGCUACAAGCUGUACUACAGCGGAGGAGGAAAGCCAAAGAAUGGACUGGCUAUAUGCCUGAGUGAGGAAUGGCAAGAUAAAGUGAUAGAGACCCAGAGAAAGUCCGAUAGAAUCAUAACUAUGAAACUUGUAACACCUGAAAAGACGUUCAACAUCGUGACUGCCUAUGCACCUCAGCAAUUCUGUGAAGAAGACGAGAAGCAGAGAUUUUGGAACCAACUUGAAGAAGUAACCACCAAUGUGAAGGAAACAGAACAGCUGAUUGUGGUAGGAGAUCUCAAUGGGCACAUCGGAAGAGAGAGAGUAGAGGGAUUUGAGAGAUGUCAUGGAGGAAAGUCAAUCGGAAGAAGAAAUGAAGAAGGAGAUAAGAUCUUGGACUAUGCAAGGAGCAAGGACCUCGCAGUGGUAAACACAUUCUUCACACAGAGGGAUGGAAACACCUACACGUACAAAAGUGGCCUUAGCCAGACCGUGAUAGAUUUCAUCAUGAUAAGGAGAGAUGACCUAGGCGAUGUUAAAAAUUGUAAGGUUAUCCCUGGUGAGGAAAUUGCACUGCAGCAUAUACUCGUUGUGAUGGAUUGUAAGAUCAAGAAGAGGAGAAGAAUAAGAAGAGAGAGACCGAAGAAGAUCAACUGGUGGAAACUACAUAAUGAGGAAGGAGAUGAGCUGGAAAGUAAGAUCACAGAAAUGCUAAUGGAACAAAGCAUGGUGGGAGAUUGGAAAUGGAAUGAAACAUACCCCAAUAUACUAAAAGCAGCAAAGGAGACACUGGGAAAUGAAGAAGUACAAGAGGCUGUGAAGAAGAAGAAAGAAGCUUUUAAGAGAUGGAAGAGAUCUGGUUUGGAGGAAGACAGGGAGACUCUGAGAGAAAUGAACAAGAUCAGUAAAGAAAAGUGUGCGAUUGUUAGAGAGAAAGGUCAGGAGCAACUAUACAAAGAUCUGGAGCAAAACGGACCGAAAAGAAUCUACAAGUUAGCUAAAACUCGACAGAGAAGAGCAAAAGAUCACUUUGUCAAAGAGCAGGGAAAGAUCGUGAGCGAAGAUGAGAAAAUCAAAGAGCGAUGGAUGGAAUAUUUUGAUAGACUUUUGAACACGAAGAACAACAGGAAAGAACUGGACCAUCUUGAACCAGUCCAUGGGCCAGUACCAGAGAUUACGGAAGAUGAAGUGAGAAGACAACUCAAGAAGAUGAAGAACAAUAAAGCAAGAGGACCGGAUGAGCUCCUCAUCGAACUAGUGAAGAAAUUGGGAAACACAGGAACAGAGUGGAUGACAUCAUGCUGCAGAGAAAUAAUGAAGACAGGAAUACCAGAAGAAUGGAGAAUAAAACAGAAUAGUGCCCCUUUACAAACAGAAAGAGUGAUAGAGGCGAGACUGAGAGAAAUAGUGAAGAUAAAGAACAACCAAUAUGGAUUCCAACGCGGAAAAUCAACCACUGAGCCAAUGUUCUGUCUGCGGAUGCUGCAAGAGAAGUAUAGAGAAUUCAACAAAGAGCUGCAUAUGGUUUUCGUGGACCUUGAAAAGGCAUAUGAUACAAUCCCGAGGGAGCUAAUAUGGUACUGUCUAAGGAAGCGUCAAGUCCUGGAGGCCUAUAUUGAAACCAUCAAAGAUAUGUAUAAGCGCUCUACCACUAGUGUCGCAACGAACGUUGAUGUAAUCUCGGAUGACACGACAGAGGACACACCUUGGAGUAUGCUGUUUGCAGAUGAUUUGGUCUUGUGUGAUGAGAAGAGAGAGCAUCUGGAAGGAAGACUAGAAGAUUGGAGAAGAAUAUUAGAAGAUGUUGGCUUGAAAGUUAGUAGAGCCAAGACGGAGUACCUCCCACCGAUUGGCUGCAUAGGAAACAUCAAGCUAAGAGAAUAUACUGGACCCGGAAAUACAGAUCUACCAAAGUGCGAGACAUUUAAGUAUCUCGGGACCACCAUCCAUGGCGGUUGCAAGACUGAGGUUGAACUACGGAUUAGCCAGGCAUGGAAUAAAUGGAGGGAGUUAACAGGAGUGCUCUGUGAUAAGAAGAUGCCGAAGAAACUGAAGAUCCUCAUUUACAAAACGGUGAUACGCCCAGUGCUUCUGUAUGGAAAUGAAACAUGGCCUGUUACAGACAACUAG